GUGGGCCUCCCCAGUUGGCUGCUUGGUGAGUCGCUCUGCUGGCUCCCUGGCUCGCUAUUGGCUGUGCGGACUGAAGGGGGCUCCUGGAGGGCCGGGAUGGAGUUGAGGGGGCGGGGCUGGCUUCCGGCGGCGAAGGGGAGCGAGCGGCCGCCGGCUGGGGGAGGGGGUGUCGGCGCACCGCGGAGUGCAGCGCUCAGAGAGCCUGGCACCCGGAGCAGCCGCCUCCCCCUCCCCCUGCCUAGACCGCUAAAAACCCCUUCUCCUCCAUCCUCUUGGGGCUGGGGCGAGGAGGGCUGAGCUGCCCCAGGAGGGCGGGGCGGAGCCCAGAGCCCCACCGAGCGCUGCAGAGCGAACCUCACCUCCCUUCCAGGGCUCAAGUUCAGGGUGCAGUUUUGCGAUGGAAAUAAUACACUGCCUCUUUUAAGAUGUGAGUGACUGCCUCAUGUUGUGUUGAUGCCAGUCUGCCAUGCUAGCCUGUCUACCAGGGCCAGGUGACCUGUCCUUUCAGCUUCUUUCUCACACGCAGAUGAACACUGGACUUCAGAAAUGGGACACUACACAGAAAAUGAGAACUGCUCACUAUCCUACCCCAGCCGAAUUGGACGCGUAUGCUAAGAAGGUCGCAAACAACCCACUGACUAUAAAAAUCUUCCCCAACAGUGUGAAGGUUCCCCAGCGGAAACACGUUCGUCGUACUGUGAACGGCCUCGACACAUCAGCCCAGCGCUACAGCCCCUACCCGACUCAGGCUGCCGCCAAGGCAGGCCUGCUUGCCAUUGUCAAAGUGCCAGCCAAAAGCAUACUCAAGGACUUUGACGGCACCCGAGCCCGGUUGCUCCCUGAGGCCAUCAUGAACCCCCCAGUGGCACCCUAUGCUACUGUGGCACCCAGCACUUUAGCCCACCCCCAGGCCCAGGCUCUGGCCCGCCAGCAGGCCCUGCAGCAUGCACAGACCCUGGCCCAUGCCCCUCCCCAGACGCUGCAGCACCCUCAGGGUAUCCCGCCACCCCAGGCGCUGUCCCACCCUCAGAGCCUCCAGCAGCCUCAGGGCCUGGGCCAUCCUCAGCCCAUGGCCCAAACCCAGGGCUUGGUCCACCCUCAGGCCCUGGCUCACCAGGGUCUCCAGCACCCCCCCAAUCCCUUGCUGCAUGGAGGCCGGAAGAUGCCGGACUCAGAUGCCCCCCCGAAUGUGACCGUGUCUACCUCAACUAUCCCCCUUUCAAUGGCGGCCACCCUGCAGCACAGCCAGCCCCCGGACCUGAGCAGCAUCGUGCACCAGAUCAACCAGUUUUGCCAGACGAGGGCAGGCAUCAGCACUACCUCAGUGUGUGAGGGCCAGAUCGCCAACCCCAGCCCCAUUAGUCGCAGUCUGCUCAUCAAUGCAAGCACUCGGGUGUCGACCCACAGCGUCCCCACACCAAUGCCUUCGUGUGUGGUCAAUCCCAUGGAGCACACCCACGCGGCCACAGCCGCGUUGCCCGCUGCAGGCCCUGUCAACCUGCCCACGGGCAUCUCUCGAGCCCCUACUGGCUACCCUAGCGACCUCAAGCCAGUCGCCUGGAACCAGCACCAGCUGGCCCACCUACAACAGAUGUGCAGUGAGGCCGGUGGGACGCCGGCCCCUGGCCUGACAGGCAAGCAUGCGGCAGGACGCGAGUUGGCAGGGCCUGGCUUUGUGGGCAAGGCCCCUGCCUACCCGCAGGAACUCUGCCUGGCACAGUCCUUCCAUCUGAAGCCACCCCUGGAGAAGCCAACCCCAUCCCCACCAGUCAACGGCCUGGCAGCCCCACUGGCAUACCCCAAUGGCCACUACUUCCAGCCCCUGUGGAACAACAUUCUGCCCACUCCCAAUAGCGACAGCUCGGGGUCUCAGGACCUCGCCGUGCCGUUCCACGGUGGGCAGCCUGCGGGCGCACCCCUCGACUGUGCGGCGGCGGCGGCGGCCGCUGGGGCCCACUACCGGGCAGGGACCGGGGGCGGUCCAGUGGCGAGCCACAACAGCUUGGUGCAGACAGUGGAUUACCUAAGUGGGGAUUUCCAGCAGGCCUGCUUCCGAGAACAGAGCCUGGCCCUGCUGAGCAAGGCCCACCGAGCCCCGGGCAGCCGAGCCCCCGAUCCCACAGAUAGUCGAAGUCUUCAUAUUCAGCACCCCGGGUAUAGAUAGGUGGCCCUGGCGUCCUCCACAAGCUACACAUCAUACGUCACCCUCCUAGGUUUAGUCUUACUUUUGAGUCAUCGGGUAGUUUCAAAGUAUCACUGCUCCAAUGUGAUCAUUCUUGGAUGGCUAAGGACGGGGAUUUGGUGGCUCUAAGGACAGAGGUGGAUUCCCUCUGCCCUCCUCUUCCCCUCCACCAGCCCCAGGAACUUCUGGGUUUUUGUUGGGACCUAAUCCCAACGCCAGGCUUUUCUCUCCAAUGCCUGCCUGUCAGUGAAGUCCCACCCCCGUCCCCCCCCACCCCUGGCCGUUUCCCACCGGCCUCCUUUUGUCUUUUCCUGCACCUCUGACUGUUUCCCUUAGGACUGAGGUGUGGGCCAAGGGACGGGCCCUCAGUGAGGUAGCUGUAGGUGUCUAGCCACCUAAGCUUGGCCUCUCCCUAUCUGUCUCUUUUUGGGACUAAGAAGCCAGACUUCCCAAGUGCUCUGGAAGCCAAUUCCUUAUUUACCCAAAGACCUCAAAUCUAAACUGCCCCAGUCUGCAUCUCCUCCUAGCCCUUCUCCAUUCCUCAAGGCUUUGUUUUCCAUCUGCACUGAUCCAGAGCCGCUGGACGUGUCCUUGCCACACUCCUCAAGGGCAUCCUGCAGGCACUUGGCCAUAGCCUUGAGACAUGGGGGGGGGGGGGAAACCUGUCUUUGUAUUGGUAUCUUGAUUCCUGACUCCUUUUAAUCCCUAGAAAAACGCUGAGACUGUCCAGCACAGCCAAGAUCUUUCUCACUGUUGUUUCUACGUCACCUGCUGCCCUUAUCCCCCACCCCCACCUUGACAACAGCAAGCAAAGCAAACAACAAAAAAGCAGUCUUACUUGAGGAAUUAGGUAGUGGGUAAGGGAUGAUCACAUUGGAGUUCGGAGUUAAAAACACUGAAAAGAUAAAAGUUAAAAUGCAUUUGGUUCUCUCUACACUGGCUGAGAAUAUUGCUCUACACUGUAAGUUUUAAACGUCCUGUUUCUGUAUGAAUGUAGUGUGGGUUUGAGUAGCAUUGUGUGUGAGCAGCCCCACAGGUGCAUUCACCCUCUAGUCACCUUUCGCUGCCCCUCAGUUUAAUGAAGAAAAAACAAAAAACACAAAGCCUUAAGCUCUUUGAAUUCUUCCUUUACCAAAUGAGCAUGGUUCUAACAGCCGGAGAUGGGCCUCUAUUGGAAACAGCCCCUCCAGCCUUUGCCUGUUCUUCACCUGCUCCAUGCUCAGCGUGUCUCAUUCCCAGGUGACAAUUAGUUGGCUAGAAAUUUAAAACUUUUCUGUAAAUUUAGAUUAUGUUUUGUGGUAAUGUUUUGCACCCUUCUGUUAAAGAUGCAUAGUUGGGCUUUUUUUUUUUUUUUUUUUAAUAUAAACCAAAUAAGCCCUACCCUUUCCUCUUGUCUCUGAGGAAUGUGAGCUCAUGUACUUAUUUAAGGUUUUGGGUUCUGUUUACUAUCCACUGUUCUUUAGCCAGAAAUUCUCUAGUGAUCUGAAGCAAUGUCACUGAAGACCAGUUUUUAAAUUAUGUGUUGGCAAGUUGCCUUAUAUUUAAAGAAAAAAAAGGAAAAAAAACACCUGAUUGUGUUAUGCCAAAUGAUAGUAACGUGAAGUCCUAAUUUAUUGUUCCUAGUUAUUUUCCUGCCGUCUGUGGACACUGGUACCUCCCUGACCCCAAGCCCCCAGAAGCACCUGCGGCAUCUGGUGCAACGCCUUCUCCCAGUGUGUUGGCCGUCAUCUCACCCAGGGCCCCCUUCCAGUUCUUGCUUCUGAGUUAAAUGGAAAGAACACCGUUGUCUCCCCUCAUCAUCCCUUUGCUUGAUCUCCAAGCCAGAUAUUUUUGCUGUAAUUUUUUCAAUGCCUCUCCCCAAAAGGUGAGCUGCCGUUUUAGGAAAAUGGGCCAGACACCAACUUGGGGGCUUCAAAUCAAACCUCAAACCUUUCUCUUCCUGUGUAGGGGUGCAGGCCUCUGAAGCUCUCACUCCCACCCCUAGUCUGCAUGGAAAAUGUACUGUGACCUCCACCCCUUACCCCCUAACUACCCUUGCCUUUGGUGUGAGAUGUUUCCUAUAGUUUACCCCGAGCUCCUCUUCCCCUCUGCCAGCCAACCCCCAACCAGCAAUAAGGGUCCAAGCCGGGGCCUCCUAUCCACACCCCUGCCUCCAUCCCACACUGCCCCUAGAAAAUACCUGGAUUCCCCCGCCGUCCACACACUGUAGCAUUCAUUCUCCAUCUCCCUCAUCUUCUCACCUGUGGUGGUUUAUGGGUGUGAUGGGGUUUUUAAGAUUAUUAUAAACCAGUAAAAAGAAAAAACUCA